AUGAAGUGGAUUGUUUGUGGUUUAGCGGUGCUGGUUCUGGUGUUGAUUGUAAACGCCAAUGCGCAACAACAAUUGGACGAUCUUCCAGCACCCCUUGAAUCCGUGAACCGAGUGAAACGCCAAUUUGGAGGACAUGGAGGACACGGAGGAUAUGGUGGUCAUGGCGGAUUUGGACCCGGUCGCGGUGGACAUGGAGGGUACGGCCAUGGACACGGCGGCUACGGACAUGGGCAUGGAGGACAUGGAUAUGGACAUGGUGGUGGAUACAAUCAUGGCUACCACAGAGGCUAA